GUCAUAAUAAUAAUACGGUUUUCCAAGUUUUUCUAUUGAAAUCGAAAGCUAAAAACCAAAACAAUCGGUAUUAAAUGUAAUAUGCUGAAAGCUUUGAACAGGAAAUCCUUCCUUACGCUUUAUUUAUCCGUUCUGCGUCCUUGUUUUGUCAUGGCAGACGCUAAUUUAGCUACAUCUUCAGUAUGCGGCAGUGGCAGUGCCGACGCAGACAAAUACUCAGUGGCUUAUGUGACGGUGCCAAACAAUGAGGUAGCAAAGACCCUGGCUCACGGGCUAGUGAAGCAGCAACUGGCAGCCUGCGUGAACAUCAUCCCUCAAAUCACCUCGGUGUACAUGUGGAAAGGAGAGAUUAAUGAGGAUAGUGAGCUGCUGCUAAUGAUCAAGACAAGAACAUCUCAAGUAGACCAGCUGACAACCUAUGUACGCUCCAACCACCCAUAUGAGGUGUGUGAAGUUAUAUCCUUACCUAUUAAGAAUGGAAACCCACCAUAUCUCAAGUGGAUUGCGGAGACAGUGCCAGAAACUGAAACUAAGGUCUGUCAGAAGAAAUAAUUAAAGUAUUUAGCGUACUAUUCUUUGUAAUAAGUUUCCAUAUAAAAUGAGUUUAACUAUGUAAUGGUUUGUACAUUUGGUUAAUAAUUAAGAACACCUAUUAAAUAAGUACAAGCAUCUAUUUGGUAGGUAUUUCGUUGUGUGAAGUUGUAGU